AUGAAGAGCUUUUUCUCAUUAUCUGUGGACAUGCUCAGUCUCUUAAGCUUUCCUGCCCUUGCCUUGAUUGUUGGUUAUAUAAUCUACCUACUGAUAUGCCAGAGAGACGAUAAUACUGUGCCUGCGUCUUAUCCAAUUGUGGGUUCAUUGUUCGCUUUCCUGAAGAACCGAAGCAGGCUCUCAGAAUGGCUGACGGAGCUUCUCGAACACGCUCCCUUCAACACCAUCACUUUUCAUCGCCCCGGAAUAAAGGUGGUUAUCACGGCCGAUCCAGGCAAUGUGGAACACCUUCUCAAGACCGGUUUUGAAAAUUAUCCCAAGGGCAACUAUUUCAGGCUCCUCCUCAACGAUCUGCUCGGCACCAGAAUUUUCAACACAGACGGUGCUCCCUGGAAAGUGCAGAGGCGAGUAGCCAGUUACGAGUUCAGCACCAACUCUUUGCGCGACUUCAUUGUGGAGAGCGUGCAUAGCGAGAUCACUAAUCGCCUUCUGCCACUGCUCAGAAAAGCUGCUGCCACUAACCAGCCGGGGGAGUUUCGGCUGGAUAUGCAGGACGUCUUCAAGCGAUUUGCCUUCGACAACAUAUGUCAGGUGGCGUUUGGCAUGGACCCCGCUUACCUCGACAUUUCUCUCCCUCUCAGAAUUCGCAGAGGCCUUUGA